CAAAUUUUUUGUCCUUUCCUAUGUACCUAUAGCUUAAUAAUAACAUUUUAAGGCACCAUAAUAAUAAUUUAGUUGUUUAUCAAACGUUAUUUUCCAAUGUAGGUCAUAUUUAAGUUAUACAAUAUGAAUUCCCUUUCAAGGGAUUUGGCAUCCUGUUCGUCAAACUCCGCGAAAAGCGAUGAAAAUAUAAACAAUAAUGAUGAUCUGGAGGUAGAUAAUUCAAGAUGUGUUCUCCUCAAGAUAGCCACAUUGUAUGCAGAACAAUUGAUGAGUGAUCUGAUCCUUGAUGUUGAUGGAGUGGCAUAUCCAGUGCACAGACUUAUUCUGUGUGCGAGCAGUGAAGUGUUUCAGGUUAUGCUGAUGAAUAGAGAAUGGAGCGAGUGUAAAAAGACACGCAUCGUUCUGCAGGAGAAUCCAGUUGCUGCAUCUGUCUUCCCACAGUUUCUUAAGUAUUUCUACACUGGUCAAAUUAAAAUAUCACAUAAAACAGUUCUUCCAGUACUUUCUCUUGCUGAUAAAUAUAAUGUUUCGGAUCUGAUGACAUUAUGCUUGGAGUAUAUGGGCCAGCAUGUGGCCCAGGCGGCGCAGCGCGGUCAGCUAAUUGCCUGGAUGCAGUACACCAUGGCUUGUGGACAUAAUAAAGUUGCCAAAGCAUGUCAGAACUUCUUCAAGUGGAACCUGGAGUGGAGCUGGCUUGACAGCGAUCUGGAUGAGCUGGAAGGGGAGACACUAGCGCAGCUCCUGCAGCAGAACGACCUCGUCGUACACAACGAGAUGAGUGUAUAUAAGUUUGUGGAACGUUGGCUGAAUCGUCAGCGAGAGUCGUGCAACAUGCCAGAAGGUGUGGAGCGCACGCCCAGUGACUGCACCACCAACACCAGUGACAGCAGCGGCUACUCCGAAAGCAGGAUGCAAUGGGACGCACUGGUCGCGGCCGCUUUCUCACAUGUCAGGUUUCCAAUGAUGUGCCCCAACCAGCUGGCGACUCUGCUGCUGUCACCGCUGACCCAGCAGCACAAGGACUUCUUCAUGGAGCGCAUGGCUGUCGCCAUGAGCUACCAGUCAGGUCAGUACGAGCGCGUGUGGGAGGUGCAGCAGACGGCGGGCGGGCGCGCGCUGUUCACGCCGCGGCUCUACACGGAGGACAUGUGGGGCUCCGUGCUGGCAGUAGACAACUUCCACUCCCUGCCCUGCUACCACAUGCGCACCUUCAUCUUCUCCACACGACCAGCUGUGGCUGACGUCGCCUACACCGACCGCAUGAUGGAGUGGACCGUGGAACUCUACCCCAAGGGUGUCUGGUUCAGGAAGAGCAUGCUAAUCGCUUGGUCCGGCACUUAUGAUGUGCCGGAAGCGGUGCUCCGCACUGUGCGUAUCGCCAUCACCUGCCUCAGCGUCACCGCACCAGACACGUACCUACCCGAGCCCGACGUCAGGGUCAAGAUUGGUAUCCUUGUAUGGGGCCGACAGAACGGUGUGGCGCAUAUCUCCGACGUGGCGGUGCGCGUACAUCGCUUCUCCGCACAGAACAGAGUGCUGAACAUCGAUGAUGCACUAGACUUUGACGAGCUGAACACACCGCUGUACACGCCCGCGCAGCCCGCCUCGCCCGGUAACAAGCAAGGGCGGUGUCCGAAGUGCGUGGAGAGCAACACUAGCACUGAACCCUCACAUCUCAUGGGGCCAAACAAGGACCAGCUCAGGGUACAAGUAGUAAUCUUGCCACUAACGGAUUACUGCUACGUGAGCCCCGCAGAGGUCGCGGUGGGCUCCGACCGACUUGGACCCUGAAGAGAGGCAAUAACACCACACGCGGACCUUUAUCGUCCUGUAUCACGUGUACAAAUUACUUUUGACCCUAAAAAUACAUUUUUAAAUCAUCAACUUAUUCUAGUUAAUUUUUGGAAACAAAAUUAUUUUAAUUGGGGUCAAUUUUUGUCAACUUAACACGAUCCGUGCCACGAAUACGUAUGGAAGAGUACUUUCCAGGCGAGCUAGUGGCAAUGGCUGUUAAUCUUUUACUGACCAAGCAUUCAGUUGGUCAAUUUUACCAUUUUCAAGUUCGUAAUAUUUCAUCGUAGAAAUCAAUCGCAGCAUGGAACUAUAAUCUAUUUUAUUUCGCUAUUAUCGCAGCUUUUAGUGUAUUAAAAUCUACAUAUUAUGUAUAUUGUAUGCAAUAUGUAAAAAUUAUAAAUAUUGUCAAUGUUUCAAUAAUCCAAUGUCUAGUCCGAUUAUAAAAUGACGAAAUUUACAAUGCUUCAACGACAUUUUAUUCAAAGUCGAAUACACUUAACUUUUUGUUGCCUUUAAAAUGCAAGUUAAAAAUAAUGUUUUAAAGAUCCCAAGCAGUUUACAAUUUAUCUAAUUUCUUUAACAUGUUUCAUCCCAUUUCGAUCUUUUGUGACGAACUUGCCAGGCGAGUGGUAGUGAAUGUGUUAAAACAAUUAUUCACAAUAAUGGCUUAUCGGGACAUGGCAAUCCUGUCGCAUUGUGACCUCAAAGUGAGAAAAAGCGCAAUCUUCCUUUGUGUUCCCACUACCGAAACACGUGUAUAAAACAUUUUGUUGUAUGUUUAUUUAAAGGAAAGACAAAAGUGGGGACAUUCAGUUCACAAUGUUUGUUGUUAAAUUUGUUGUCGUGUUAGAACAUUGUAUUUGUAUUAUUAAAAAUAAUUAAUCUAA